GACAGAACGGUAAGUCUUAUCUGCCAUUUUUAUAACAUAUUGCAAAUGUAACUCGCAUAUAUAGUUUUUUUAUGUUAUUUUUGUAAGAACAAAAAAAUAAUUUAGUGAUUAUUUCAUAAAUUCUUUAUCGUUUCAUUCGUUUGAAAUUAACAAUACAAAGGCAUCCAAGUCGAUCAUUUCAUAAUGGACGUUGGGGAACGGAUUUGGGAUGAUUUAUCAACACAGCCAGAAAGUGAAAGUUUUUCGAAAAUGAGUAUAUCCGAUUUGCUGACCAACGUGGCUACAGAUGCGAACGAAGGAAACAGAAAACAAUGCGGUCAAGUGGUUUUAGACGUUUUGAAAGAGCAUCCCGUCGACGAUGUAUUGGAAAAUAUCCAUCAGAUCGCAUCAACACUGUCAAUGGCAUCGGAAGAUACAGAUACAUCGGUGCGGGCAGCGCUAGUUCAAGUUAUACCUGACAUUUUUGCGAGAUGCAUUGAAAUAGGCAAUCCGGAAUUGGAAUAUUUCCUUUUCGAUCGUAUGCUCGAAAUAGUGCUGCGAUUCUUGAAGAAUGAAGAGAACAUGGUUAGAGAGUCGGCCUUUGCUUCGAUUAAAGUUCUCUUAUUGAAAAAAUACUUGAGCGCUGCACGGAUCGAAGAGUUCGUGUGUCCGACAAGUGUUCAGUUACUUAAUCUGGAAGGUUUGCCAGAGGAUGUAGUCAGGGAGCGGCAUCCAGAUGCAUUUGUGAUAAUGGCUCUGCUUGCACCAAUCAUUGGCGCCGAGAAAACCCGUGAAUAUUUUUUAGAUAAGUUUUUAGAGUUAUGCACAAACGAAAACUACGAGGUUCGAAAAAUGUGUGCCGUAUUCUGUCCACACCUGUGCAAAGUGAUGGGAGUCGACGUGUCGGAGAAGCAUUUGAUUCCAGCAUUUUUGAGACUUUGCGAAGACAAGGUGUGGGAUGUACGCAAAGCAGCGGCUGAUUCAAUUCGCAUUAUCGCAUUGUUGUGUUCGCAUCCAUUUCGACGGGACAAAUUGUGCCCGGCCUUCUACAAAUUAAUGAACGAUUCAUGCAGAUGGGUUUAUCGGGCAGCAUCAGAGAGUUUGGGAUUGUUUAUCUCUUCAUUUGCGAAAAAGUGUAUUUUAGGCGUUGCAUAUCGCCCGAACGGCGAUCUCUAUAUACCAAAUCCUGCAGAUGCAGACUAUAAACAACAUUCCCAAACUGAAAUUCUAAGUAAUUAUGAGUCAUACGAAAGUUGGUUCGAGAAAUCGGCAACAGCGCCCGAAUAUCCAAAGAACUUUGUGCAACAACAGAAACAAUUCAAUAACAAAAUUGAUUUCGAUGCUAUUGUCAAGGUGUCACGCGAGUCAUCUAAUGAGAAUCCCCAUUUCUCCUUACCAGAAACAUUUCACAAUGCACUUUCCUUUCGAAACUACGACAACCAUGGAUUUUCAUUGUCCAUCACCAAUUUGCUAGAUACGUUUAUCAUUCAAAGUGAGCAUAACAAUGGGCACAGCCAUCAGCGCAUUCCACGUGGCGGUCAUUUCGAUUUGGCCAGCCCAAUAAUGGAACCAAUCAAUGAGUAUCAUCAUUUGCGCAAAAAUACGCCACGUGAUUUUCCGAUGAUUGUGCGAAAAGCGAUGGAAAAGCAGGAGGAGGAUAACACCCGCAAGUUUACCAUUAAAGCGAAAAUACCGCGUCAAAAUGCCGUUUCGUAUAUGCAAACAUCGACACAAGAUGAUCGAGGCACAAACAGUUAUCAAUCGUUACCGCCACCACCACCACCGCCAGCCAUUGGCAAUCCGGAACCGGACACCCCAAGCAUUGAAAAUGCACCAUCAUCGAUAGACUUUUCAUCGGCUGUUAACUCAAAUCUUAGCAAUAGUUUACACAGUAACGAGACCGAUAACGAAAACAAUAAGGUGAACAACACGUCGGAUAUCAAUUUAAAUUUUAAGCCAGCCGAUGAGGAUGGCGCUUAUGAUGGAUUCACGGCGGCCAACAAUAAACGAGAGUCACGUGCAGCACGAUUCAGUGAAUCAAGCGGUUUCAGCAGUAUUCCAGACGAUGACGAUGCGACCGGCAACGAUUUUGAUAUAUUGAAAAAUACCGAAACAUUUAUGAAUCGCAUCAAUACAAUGCAAUUGGACGACUACGAUGAUACCGAUGAUGAUGAGCACAAUUUCAACAGCAGCAAGGACUACGAAGACCUUGAUCAAUCAUUCACAAACAUGGGACUGGACGAUGACGAUUCCGACAUCAAUUCGAAUUUAAACAAUUCAUUGGGACCAACAACCAAAACCGCUGAAGACGACGAUGAUGAGGAGGUCUUCAAAGAAUUUAAUUCACACCAAUACUGGUACAUUAGUCCCGAUAUACCAGUCGACAUGGAUAUCCUUUUAGAACCCGAAGAAAAAAAAAUGAGGAUACAACUGGAGGAAGAGUUGGAGCUCAGACGAUUCGAUCGUGUGAAAUUGAUCAAUUAUCAGCCAAAAAUCGUGCCAGCCGAACUUAUAAAAUAUUUCGUGUCAUUAGCUCACUCUCAGGACAGUCCUGUAGUUAAUUAUUAUUGCGCAUAUCAUUUUCCGGCUGUUGUCUUAACACUAGGAAGAAAAAAUUGGCCCGUCAUGUGCAGUCUGUUGCAGUUGUUAUGUAAUCAUGGCAUCGAUGACAUUCGAAAAACAAUGGCAUCGUCCAUUUAUCAAAUUGCAUUGAUCAUCGGUCGAAAGUUGGCCACACAAGAUCUAGUGCCCGUGUAUUUGCGAUUUUUCGAAGAUCAAGAUAAGGUGAAGGUGGUUGCAUUGAAAAAUUUACCGAAUUUCCUGACCGUGAUCGAUCGGCCACGAUAUGAUAUAAUUGUGGCCGCCCUAUCAAACUGCCUAGGUGAAUUUUAUGAAGCCGGAUGGCGAUUCCGCGAAGAAUUCGCUCAACAAAUUCUAAUUUUGGUCAAAUCAUUCGGUGAACUGGCAUGGCUGACGCAUAAGCUCAAUCUAAUCGGAAUCACCAUCAAAUUGCUACGUGAUCGUGUUAAUAGUAUUCGUAAACUUGCUUUAGAAACGAUGGUUGAAAUUUGCAAGAAAUUGAACGCUGAUGAAUGCGAUGUCAUUUGCACAUUCUUAUCGAAGCACUUUGGUUCAAAUUCAAACUGGCGCCACCGGCAGAUUUUCAGCGAAAUUUGCCAUCAAUGGAUGGCACAGGAGACGCCCUUGUAUCCAGACGUAUUCAAUGAUCGUUUGUUCAAUAUUGCUUGCCAAUUGGUGAAGGAUCCAGUACCAAAUAUUCGAAUGACUAUUGCACGGUGUUUUGCAUUGGUGUUGUCGAAGCAGCACAUCGACACACAGCGAUACAAAGUGACUGUCAUAAUAUUGCGUAAAAUGCAAAGCGAUAGCGAUCCUGAUGUGCGAGACGUUGCAUUAUCUUGUGAUUUACCGUCAAACGAAGACGAAAAUAAUGAUGCGACGCGAAAUUUGAGCGAAUCAUCAACCAGCAACACAAACAUCUCAACCCUAUCCACGGCGUCCACAGUCGACAUGAAUUGCACGGAUGGCGGUAUCAGUUACAAAGGCGAAGGUGAUGAAAGCGAAGUAUCGCAAGAUAGCAUUAGUUUAUAUUUGGAUACCGACGAAAAGAAUACAAGUAAUGAAGAGCCUUCAAUACCUAGUGAACCGCUUUCAUCACAAUAAACGAAGCAAUCCCGAGAAAGAGAAAGAAAGAAACAAACAGAAAAUCACGAUAAUUGUUUCCCCCCUAGAUUAUUAUUUUCCUUUUAAUCUUUUCUUUUUUUGUUUAAAUUCCAUUAUUCUUUUCAUUUAAUUUAAGUGUUCUCAUGAAAGCGUCAAAAUAAAAUGUGAAAGAUUUCAAAUACAACCUAUUACAAAAAAAAAUUUAAAAAAAAACAUGUAGCCAAAAAUUAUGAAAAGAAAUAAAAAGCAAAUAAAUGAAUAAAUAGUUACAUUCAAUUAUUGAAAA